AUGACUGACAAACAUUCUGCUUUUCAACGCAGCACGAGUCCGCUUCGGACAAAGCGCUCACUUACCUUCAGCAGUCCGUCCAGUGCUGUGAGCCUUCUUCACCCCAGUCUCUCGCCUGCUCAUUCUAAAGGAUCUACUGACCGUGCUUUGACUUUCCUGCAGAGCGCACGCGAUCGGAACGUGCCUGUCCGCUUUGGCAAAUGGAGUCGCCAGGAAGACGCGUACCUUGAGAAGCUCAUUAUGCUCUUUCAAAGCGGUCUACUGGAUGAGAUCGAAACCAAGACGUCACUACGUUCAUGGCUCGCUCAGAUGCUCAAUUGCUGUCCCAUGCGAAUUUCCAAGAAGCAAAUGCAUGGCCAUCAGUUUGAAGGGAAAGCCAAGUACAAGCGCAGUUCAAGUAAACUGGACGCCAUGACACAGCAGCAAUACAAUGAGCUGUGCAGUGAACUAUGGCAGUUACGUGCUGAGUUUCUCAAGGCCUGGGCAAAGGACGAGUACGGGAAACGCAGUGCCAAGAACCGGACAAAAGAAAGUAAUUUCAACGACUGGUACGAUCGAGUUCUGAGACUUGUACCGACGCCUAAGAUUGCUAAACGAUCGACCUUAGACGAGUACAAGACAAAACGAAAGAUUGAAUCGUUGGAUGAAUUGAGACGGGAAAUGCACGAAGAAAAUAAGAGACAAAAAGUCGAAAUGCUCGUGGAGAUUCGAGCAACAGCGGCAUUGGAACAGAUGCAAGACGAAAUCAAGACACUGAAGCCAGAGAAGAUGAGUGUUCCGUUGGAACCAGUGCCAUUCUCAUCAGCUUUGGUCUCGUCACCGACGAUUAGCGCACUGACGCCUCCGCCUAUUGUGUACUGCAGUGAGAGUGAGCGCAUGAGUGACUAUUGGCUCGCUGAAUUUGAUGAUCGUGUCGGUCACAUGGGAACUGACGAUCAAAAGGUGAACUUUGAAACCAAUGAAGCUCAAUACAGUUUCUGUGACGACCAAGUGCAGGUUUCCGUGCAUCUACCGGACUAUCAGAAUUCAUUGACUGACUUGUCAAGGUCUCACAGGUCUUCGAGAGUGGCAAUUGACUAUGGUGCACCUAGUUGCUGGCAUUUUGAUGAACACUCCGAACAUACGUCAUUCGGUGAUUAUUCGCACUGGACGGAGAGUGAUAUGGCCGAAGAAAUAACAAUGAGCAUGGAGCCUGCGAUCGUCGGGUGGGCUGAUUCAUCACCGAUCGCUCACAUGACGUACAGUCCGACACUGAAUUUCCUGUAA